CCUGUAUAGAAGGGUACCGUAUAGAAGUAGCGCAUUAUCAAGAACAACAACUUGCGAUUACAAUUUACAAGUGAAGUCAGUGAGUGAGGUCUAACUUUUUGAAAAUGUCGAGCAAGGUAGUAUCACAGCAGUUAAUCACUGAUCAAUUCAGCCAGCAAAGAUCAGGGCGAAGUCUUGAGAAAUCUAAAGGAAAAGGCAAGCAAAUAGUUGGAAGUCCUGCCGGGAGUCCGAGAAAAUCUGCAGAGGCACACGUCGAAGUUGAGAGUGCAGAGGAUUUGAUUAGGAAGAAGCAUCUCCAAACACUUAGAGAAUUUGAUCUGAAUUGGAGAUAUGGGCCUUGCACCGGAAUCACUCGUUUAGAGAGGUGGGAGAGAGCAGAGAGCCAUGAUCAGAAUCCUUCACCUCAAAUCAAAGAUCUCAUCUUAGAACAUGAAGAUGAUGAGGAUUAUGUCCAAAACACCUGGUCUUCUUACCCUCUAUGAUUGGCAAGACUUGAAGCCUUGUUCACAUGUGUGACUGUGCUAAAGAUACUAUUGGCUCUUCUGUGACAUCUGUAUACUGUACCUACAAGAAAUGAAAUUCCAACAGCCAUCUGAAUGCAAUGUUUACACGUAAGCCUCAUCUAAACCCAUCGUAUACUACGGUCGAGAUAUCUCAGGGCAUUAUCAUGGUAUUGUCUUUUUUUCUCUAUUCAAUAAACUUAUUUAAACUCUUGGGAUCAUAUUCUGUCCAAAAUUUAAACCUGAAGCUGGGUUAAAUGUUUUGUCCAAAAUCAGGUUUAGCAAAGGCUGAGGGUUAAUUCUUUUAAAACAAAAAUUUAGAUCUAGAGCAAGUUUUAUCUGAAUUCAUGUGGACCAUCAAUUUUGGUAGGAUUGAUUUAUUAUUUUUGCUUGAGGGCAAUUUUAAAGUCAUGUCGCAUAAAGAUGUGUAUUAUCUCCUUGGAAAUGAUACCAUAGUUACAUGCUCAUGUAGAGUUGUGGUUUUAUGUUUUUAAUGUGAAUGAAGGCCAACCAUGGUCAAUGCUGCAUUGAAUUACAAGCCACUUGUAAUUCUAAGCUUUUCCUGAAAUACUGAGCAUUGUUCAUUUUUAUCAUAUUACAUGAUGUAUGUUUACGGUUUGAAAGACUGUAUUCUUAUUGAUCAAAGAAUAUCGUGUUACAGACUUAAAGUAGAUAUCUUCCUGGAUAGUUACCAGAUUUUUAACAAGUAUUUUUUGUUUAGGUCUGAUAUAUUCCAAGCAUCUUCUACUUGCCCAGUUUGAAAAUAACAAAUUUAAUAAUAAUGUUGGAAUAAAAACUGCAUGCAUCAUUGUUGUCAUAGUAUUCAAGUGCAUAGGUAUUGGUCAAAUGAAAAUGUCUGUGCCAUUCUCUACAUGUAGGUACUGUGAGUAGGAUUCUAUGUUGUCUUUGGGAAAUAAACUGAGAGUUUACUUUAAAAUACAUGACAAUAUUACAUUCCUGUAUACAGAUAAAAUGUCACUGUUUUCAUAAUUUACUUGGUAUUAAAGGUUUACAAGAAUGAAAUGUUAAACUAAAAGUUUAGUUGCUCCUAGCAUUACUCCAAGAGUGACCCAUAACUUUGUGCUGUUCAUACAAGUUUCAUAUUCUCGAUGAAAUGAGUAUAUUCACAACCAAGAAUGGGUCUCAUGACAUGACUGUUUUUUAAACUGGUAGGGUAUUUCAAUAAAAGAGCUAUUUAUUCACUUUUUUAUGUCUUUUACAACUGUACACCUUUGCACCUUUGCAAUUUUGAGAGGAUUAUAGGCAGCAUGCAGGUAUUCUGUCAAUAAGAUUUAAAAAGCAAUGCUGUGAUAUUUUUAUAAACAUUUUAUACAAUGUAUGGUAAAAUAAUUUAAAGAUGUACAACUUUUGUGCAUUUUUUUUGGAAAAUGUGUUAGAGGACUUUACAUACACAUAUAAUCAUGUAAUUAUGAAGAAUAUGAAGAAAUUUAUUUCAGAAAAAAAUAUGUGCAUACAAUAGAGUUUUAUUCUAGAUUCAUCAAACUAAGCUGCUUGUUGUAUUAUUUAAUCUGAAGGUUUUUUAAAGUGUUUUUUAAUGUUAAGUUUCAUUGUAUUUACUAAUACUUUUACUGCUUAUAUCUUUAUUGUACAAAAAGUCUAAACUAUGUGUUCAUAUAUUUUGUAUUCCUUUACAUAUACAGUGUUGUAUAAUUGUAUUAUUCUCUUUAUCCUUUGUAAUUUCAACUUUAUUUGAUUAUGUGCUAAAGUAUAUAAAAAGGGAUGUUGAUAUUUGAAAACUUAAGCUUGACUGCAUGAUAAAAGCUUUUGAUGUUUUUUUUUUGCAUUUUGCAUCGAAGACAUUAUGCUUCUUUUCACUUACAAUGUACAAGCUUAUGAUUUAACAUAAUUUUGUAUAACAUUAUGCAGCAGUCACCUUUCUCUCAAAUGACUGUAUGAAAUUUACUCCAUUUUUUCAUUAAAAGCAGGGAUUAUCUAUGUAACACAUGUAUAUCACUAAGUUCUUAGUGUUUAUGAACAAAUUUAAUAAAUGUGUUUUAUACAAAAACAAUGGAAAAUUA